AUGUCGAGACCGACGUGGAUGGGAAUCGGCAGAACUUCUUCGAAGGACUGGCAUCGCGGAAGAACCACCUUUCGAACCCUGGUAGUCUUCCUGCUGAAUAGCUACCGCUAUCAAGGCUUAGAGAACGAACCCCUUGGAGGACUCCACAAUUGUCCCGAGCGUCUAGCCGAACUUCUGACAGACUUACGGUCUGUUCUUACUACCUUGGUAAGAAAGCAGAGUGAAACUCCCGUGUUGUAUAAUGCCAUCGUAGGGGCAAGUGAUACCUCAGGAACCACCGAGCUCCUCGCAGCAGAAGAACCUAGCCAUCACUCGUGGGCCCGCGCUUGCACGUCGACCAACCGAGCUGAUCCAACUCCCUUGGACUUGAUUAUGGACUCCCCUACGUCUGAGAUGUCCUCCAGCAGUCUGAGUUCUCCCGUAUCGGAAACGCAAUUUGACACCUACAUCGCUGCCCGAGAGAAGAUAUUCGCUAGGCUAGAUAAAUAUCAAUCGCUGGAUGAUUAUGACGAUACGGUCCAUUUCCUGAGGUCUGUUUUCCGAUUCCUCCCAACCCAAGGCCAGGCCCGCUUGGCCAACGACGUUGAAGACUGCGAUGAAGACAGCCAACUGCUGCAACUGGCGAAGCACCUGGACACAGCUUUGCUGAGGCCGAUGUUGGUCGCUGGUGGAACUACGCCAGAGAUAACACCAUCCCCCAUCCAUGGUGUGGAGGACUCUAUUGAGGACCCACUGUCCCUGGAUUUCGACUCGGCGACCCGGCGGCAAAGCGCCAUACGGCGAACAUGCCUACAACGUGACAAUUACCAAUGCGUAGUGACAAAAGCCUGGGAUCGUGAGCACAACCCCCCUCCCGGCGCACUUACCGGUGUUCUUGAAGCCGUUCAUAUAAUUCCGUUUGCCUUGGGGAGUUUUCCGGAGGAUGAGCGACGGCGUCAUGGGCGCAUUUGGCAAUGCCUCUAUCGCUAUUUCCCAGCUAUCCGUGACCUCUUUCACCGCGACGAUGAAGAUGUCAACCGCAUCGACAAUGUGAUGAUGAUGUGGUCAGCCUUACAUCGUGACUUCGGUAGCUUCUUAUUGGUCCUAGAGGAGACAAGUGUUUCUGGUCGCUACCGCGUUAAAACUUUCCCCCGAUUUCAAACCAUCCUCCAAUCCAUUAUGCCUGACUUCACGACAAUCGCAAGUCACGAUCCCCAGUACCCCGCCCCUCAUAGUUCUCUGCUCGCCGUGCAUGCGGCCAUCGGUAACAUCCUGCACGCGACUGGGCGCGGCGAGCUGAUCGAAAAGACCAUGCAGCACCUUAGAGACAAUGGCGGGCACGUUCUUGCGAAUGACGGGAGCACCGAUGUGGAGGAAUUACUAUCUGUAACCGGUCUUUCCCUACUGGUAGCUAAUCCCAGCUAUUGUUCGUCGGUCUGCAAGGAAACGUAUCCUCGAGGUUAUGACACCCCGCCGGGCGGGGACUAA